UGCUGUGCGUAUCCGCCCCUCUCCUGCCUUCGGAGGGUCCAGGCGACAGCCGGGCCCUGGGGUGGCAGCGCAGCCGCCAGACGUCUCCGCCGAGCUUUCUUUCGGUUGGCGGCUCUUCUCGGCUGGGUCCAGGUCGGGGGGUGGAAAAUGGCGCCGGCGCCCCAAGGCGUCCAGGAGGAGCCGCUGCUGGACUGUCGGUCCACACCACUUUCCCGGCUCCUUUUCCUCGCCCAGGCUGCCCUCCUCUUGCUGCCGGCCGCUCGCGCAGGCCUCUGCCCCGCGCCCUGCUCCUGCCGCAUCCCUCUGCUGGACUGCAGUCGCAGGAAACUACCAGCGCCGAGCUGGAGGGCGCUGUCGAGCCCGCUGCCCCCCGACGCGGCCAGCUUGGAUCUGAGUCAUAAUCGGUUGUCUAACUGGAACAUCAGCUUGGAAUCUCAAACAUUACAAGAAGUGAAAAUGAAUUAUAAUGAGCUAACAGAAAUCCCAUAUUUUGGAGAACCAACCUCUAAUAUUACUCUACUCUCACUAGUCCAUAAUAUAAUCCCAGAAAUAAACGCAGAAGCGUUUCAGUUUUACCCUGCCCUCGAGAAUUUAGAUCUCAGUUCAAAUACAAUAUCAGAAAUCAAGACAUCUUCAUUUCCUCGAAUGCAGCUUAAAUACCUAAAUUUGAGUAAUAAUAGGAUAACCAUCUUGGAGGCUGGUUGCUUUGAUAAUUUAUCCAGUUCCUUACUAGUGGUAAAGUUAAACAGGAACAGAAUCAGCAUGAUUCCACCCAAGAUUUUCAAGCUACCUCACCUCCAGUUCUUGGAACUUAAAAGAAAUAGGAUUAAAGUGGUGGAAGGUCUGACAUUCCAAGGGCUUGACUCCUUAAGAUCUUUGAAGAUGCAGCGGAAUGGUAUUAGCAAACUUAAGGAUGGAGCUUUUUUUGGCUUGGAUAACAUGGAAGAAUUAGAACUGGAGCAUAAUAACCUUACAGAAGUGAACAAGGGGUGGUUGUAUGGCUUGCGAAUGUUACAACAGCUCUCUGUGAGCCAGAACGCUGUUGAAAGAAUCAGCCCUGAUGCAUGGGAGUUCUGCCAAAGACUAUCUGAACUUGAUUUGUCCUAUAACCAGUUGACCCGCUUGGAUGAAUCUGCCUUUGUGGGUCUGAGCUUACUGGAGAGACUGAAUUUAGGGGACAACAGAGUCACUCACAUUGCUGAUGGUGUAUUUAGGUUUCUUUCCAAUCUUCAGACACUAAACUUAAGAAACAAUGAAAUUUCAUGGGCCAUAGAAGAUGCUAGUGAAGCUUUUGCUGGACUUACAAGUCUCACUAAAUUAAUCUUACAAGGAAAUCAAAUUAAGUCAAUUACAAAGAAAGCAUUCAUUGGUCUUGAAUCCCUUGAGCAUCUCGAUUUGAACAACAAUGCUAUAAUGUCUAUCCAAGAAAAUGCUUUUUCUCAGACUCGCUUGAAAGAACUGAUUCUGAACACAAGCAGUUUACUCUGUGACUGCCAUUUGAAGUGGUUGCUUCAGUGGCUGGUUGAUAAUAACUUCCAGCAUUCUGUGAAUGUAAGCUGUGCACACCCUGAAUGGCUAGCAGGGCAGAGCAUCCUGAACGUGGACCUGAAAGAUUUUGUCUGUGAUGAUUUUCUCAAGCCACAGAUAAAAAUGCAUCCUGAAAAUACAAUCGCUCUUAGAGGCACGAAUGUGACUCUGACGUGCACUGCAGUGAGCAGCAGUGAUUCACCCAUGUCUACCGUGUGGCGCAAAGACAGUGAAAUCCUGAAUGACAUCGAUAGCGAGAAUUUUGUUCGUUAUCAGCAGCAAGCUGGAGAAGCUCUAGAAUAUACGAGUGUCUUACAUCUUUUCAAUGUGAACUUCACAGAUGAAGGAAGAUAUCAGUGCAUCGUUACUAAUCACUUUGGUUCUAAUUAUUCUCAGAAAGCCAAACUGACUGUGAAUGAGAUGCCAUCUUUCCUGAAAACGCCAAUGGAUCUCACUAUUCGCACUGGUGCCAUGGCCAGAUUAGAAUGUGCUGCAGAGGGGCACCCUGCACCUCAGAUUUCCUGGCAGAAAGAUGGUGGCACUGACUUUCCUGCGGCUCGAGAAAGACGCAUGCAUGUCAUGCCCGAGGAUGAUGUCUUCUUCAUUGCCAACGUGAAAAUAGAAGACAUGGGAAUCUAUAGCUGCAUGGCACAAAAUAUAGCCGGAGGCCUCUCAGCAAAUGCCUCACUCACAGUAUUAGAGACACCCUCAUUUAUCAGACCGCUGGAGGACAAGACAGUAACGCGAGGUGAAACUGCGGUAUUACAAUGCAUAGCUGGAGGGAGUCCUGCCCCUCGCCUCAACUGGACCAAAGAUGAUGGGCCCCUGCUGGUGACAGAACGGCACUUCUUUGCUGCAGCCAACCAGCUUCUCAUCAUUGUCGAUGCUGGCCUGGAAGAUGCUGGGAAAUACACCUGCAUUAUGUCUAACACCCUUGGGACAGAACGUGGUCACAUUUACCUGAAUGUCAUUUCAUCCCCCAACUGUGACUCUUCCCAGAGUAGCAUUGGGCAUGAAGAUGAUGGCUGGACCACAGUUGGCAUCGUCAUCAUUGUUGUGGUCUGCUGUGUUGUGGGCACCUCUUUGAUCUGGGUCAUUGUUAUUUACCACAUGAGAAGGAAGAAUGAAGACUAUAGUAUCACGAACACAGAGGAGCUUAAUCUGCCUGCAGACAUUCCCAGCUACUUGUCUUCCCAAGGAACACUGUCGGAGCCACAGGAAGGCUACAGCAACUCUGAGGCAGGCAGUCAUCAGCAACUCAUGCCUCCUGCCAAUGGAUAUUUACACAAGGGCGCUGAUGGUGGCCCUGGUACCCGGGUUAUUUGCUCCGAUUGUUAUGACAAUGCCAACAUCUACUCCAGGACCCGAGAAUACUGUCCAUACACCUAUAUUGCUGAGGAAGAUGUUCUAGAUCAGACACUGUCCAGCCUCAUGGUCCAGAUGCCCAAAGAGACAUAUUUGGCACAUCCUGCCCAAGAUGCCCCUACCCUGGAGAGCCUGGUAUCAUCAGUAGACAGAGAGAUGGCUGCCUUUCCCACCAACCAUGAGAGGAUAAAUGAGAAGAAACUUCCCUCCACACAGAUGAGCAGUGACUGAAAAGCCCUGUAGAGAAACUGGAGAUGAAACCGACGAACGUUGGCCGGCUUGCUUGUCGUUCUGACGCCUGGCACACAUGUCAUGAGCCUCCCCAACCACAGCUCUGAAUGACGCUGGAACGCAAGAAGCUGCUGCGUGUUUACAGCGUACCCAUUAAGUUGAGUGCAUCUGGGAACAAAGAAGCAGGGUAUUUGGAGCAUUCAAGAGUAAGUGCCUUUAAGUUCCUAUUUUAUUCUUCUCUCCCAAGAAGAAACCAGGUUUUUACCACCAUAAGUAUAAUACCGUGUGUGGAAUGACUGGUCGCUCUUGAGUUAUGUGCCAGAUCAAGUAGUUUAAUUUAGUGUACCUUUUAAAUGCUCCAUCAAAGCUGAUGCGAAUUCCUCUGUCUCAAAAACAAUAGGCAUGUGGUUAAGGUUGGCAGUGAUCGAGGCUGGCUUGAAUUAUUUAUUCUUCUGGGUGAGCACCAGAGCCAAGUGCACGAGUAUAUGCUCUAUGCCGGAAACCACGCAGAGAAGAAAUACGGUUGUUGUCAAACAGUGAAUUACUGCUGCUUCUCGGGCCCUGUUCUUUAUACCUGUAACCUGGGGGUGGCUCGGGGACCACACUGAUACGCUUUCACUGACAAGGAACUUGAAGGUUAAGAUUCAAGUGUGUGGUGCUGAGAAUUUUGGUGAAGCACAAAAUUGCAAUAAACAGCAGAUCUGGAGAAAAAGCAAUGCAUCAUGUUGGCAGGAGUUUUCCCUUCUGGGCCCACUCCUCCAUAAGCACUGGCAUUUUCUCACACUUUUUGUAGACCUUACUUGCCCGUCUCACCUGCCAAAGGUGUACUGUUUCCUAAAGGUCCCUUGAGCUUGAAAGACUAAUACCCAGUGAGGUAAGAAGUUUGAAAAGUACCUUCUGAGCUUCCCCUGUGGAAAGUCUCAGUUCAGUGCUCCUUCCUUUGGGCAGCCUUCAUUUAGAGAGGGCCCUAAGAGCUGGCUGGGUACGUUACUUUCUUCACUUGGGGAAAGGGAUUUUAUAAAGAGAAACUCCAGUUGAGAGAUGACUGGUUCCUUUUGCCCUGAACUCCUUUCUUAUGUCUUAAGUUCUAGCGGAUGCAAGACUUGUUAGCGAAAUGGUUGCUGAGGGUGGUGGAAGAGUUUCAGAAUGGCAUAGAAUUUCUUCUGUAGCUCUUGAAGGCAGCGUGUGGCUUUUAGAAUACCUUUGGUUUAUAAAACAAACCUGUUUUCUACCCUACUAAAACCUCCAGUCUUGAAUGUUUCCUUCCUUACUGCUCCUCUUACUCUUCCCCAACCUCCCAGUUAAAAAGUCUGGGCAGAAGAAGGAAGAAACUCAAGUCCCCAGUCUGCCACCAGGGUGGAAAUGCCCCCUUUCAGCUAGGCAGGGGCUGCAGUUUUCGGCAGGGACAGCAGGACGGUGCAUGAGGAUUCCCUGUGGUUGGCCAAAAUUUGAGUUUCCCUGGGCCCUGCAUUUACCAUAUGGUUAUUUGUUUGUUUGUUUGUUUGUUUGUUUGACAGAGAGAGACACAGCAAGAGAGGGAACACAAGCAGGGGGAGUGAGAGAGGGAGAAGCAGGCUCCCCGCUGAGCAGGGAGCCUGAUGCAGGGCUCGAUCCCAAGACCCUGAGAUCAUGACCUGAGCCAAAAGCAGACGCUUAACCGACUGAGCCCCAACCAUAUGGUUUUAAAAGUCGUUGGUUCAGAGCACUAGCUUUGAUGUAGGACAGAGCUGGGUCCUUACUACUCUUACCAGUUGUGGGAGCUUAAGCCAGUGCCUGAGGUCCUUUGGGCCACAUCCUCUUUAUCUGUAAAGUGGAAAUAAUCAUGCCUACCUGGUACAGUUGUUGAGAGGAUUAGACGAGCUAAUACAUAUAAAGUACUAAGCACAGUGCCCAGCACAGCGCUCAAUAAAUUUUAGCUGCUGUUAGUUAUUGUUACGGGCACUCAGGAUGGAAAGUUCCUUCUUCCUUUCCCUUUCUUUCCUUUCUCUUCCCCUCCUUUCCCUAUCCAGGACAGCUCAAGAUGGGGAAUGUCAACAGUUUCCCCAAAGAGUCAUUUCAGGGGUAGUGCUGGAGAUUUGGAUUGCUAGCUGGAUUUUAUUUAGAAAUAAGACAGUCUCCUAAAACAAUGAUUAAGUGAAAAGUGCCUUCAGCUAGGAGUCAGUGGGACUGGGAUUCUGACCAGCUCUGCCUCUCACUGACCACAUGAUCUUGGGAAGUCACUUGACUGCUGGGUCUCAGUGUCUUCUGCCCAAAGAGAAUUUGGACUGUUAUCAGGUGCUCUCAGAGGCCCCUUCCAGCUCUGCAUUUUAUUGUGGUUUUUCCAGGUGCAUAGACCCGCCCUCAUCACUGUCCCCAUUGUGUUUGUUUUUUCCAAUUGUUUAGCGGUUCUUCUUAACUCUCCCAAGAGGGAACUCACUUUAUCAUUUCUCAAGAAUAAUUAUAAACAUGUGCAUGGGACUUUAGAGGGGACAAAGAGCCUGUCUGGCUUAAAUGAAAGGAAGGAAGUGGGGAAAAAAGGAGAAUUUUGUUGUUGUUCAGUCCAGAAGUUCUGAGCCUCCCAGGAAGUGUAUUGUGUGAGCUGACUUCCAGUGAGCAUUAUUCCUCAGUGGGGGUCUUCCUUGGUCUACACAUUCCACCCUGUAACAUAGUUCUAAUGAUUGUGUAAGAAUUCUUGCAACAAUCUAUGGCAAACCGGAUUGCUUUUCAGAAUAUUCUCUUCAGUACUUAAUAUGUUGGCUUCAUGCCAUGGUAGUUGAUGGUAUUGGGAGAACUGGAAGCAGAACACUUGGUUCACAUCUUGGCUACUUUGCUUACAGGAAGAUUACUCAACUUCUUUUGGCCUCUGCUUCCUUCUCUGCAAGACAGCAAUGAUAAUACUACUCACCUCAAGAUCUCACGUCAAGACUGCUGUAAGCACCAAGUGGAAUUGUUUCUACUGUGGAGAAGCAAACCCUUCAGUUUUAGUAAAUCUGACUUAUUUGGGAGUAUGGCUAAAGGAAACAGCAACUUCAUUUUCUCUGGGCCCUUUGGCCCGUCAGUGAGGGAUAGCUGUAGGCUUUUUAAUAGAUUCAAACCCCAUUCUAGUUUUCCCCAAGUCUCCUCCGGGUUUACUCUGAAGGGUGCCCCUUGUUUGAAUUGUCACCGGCCUGAAGAGGGACCAGCAGCCGCUUGCAGGCAAAGACAUGUUGUCGCCUCUGAGGGUACUCCUUGGAUGGUGCGCACAGCUGCUGUCCCCAACAGUGUGGACUAGGAUGCUUUGAUGAACAACGAGACCUUGAAUACUUUAUGUAUCUUGUUUUCCAAUGAUACUAAAGAGUUCAGUAAACCCAGUUGGUAGGAAGCUAAAUUGCUGGUCUGGCAAAGGAGUGAGCAGAAAAACCUAAAGUAAGAGGAUUUUUUUUUAAACCUCCUUGCUCAGUUUGGGAGCUUGGCUUACUUUUCCUGAUACUCUGCUACCAUCUGGCUUGGAUUUUCUUCAGGCAAAAAUAACUCCAUGCUGAUUUUGAACUCUUGGCUUAUUGUUGAUGUCUUUAUAGAUUCAUCCAGUGACUACUGAAUAAAUGGCUCACAAUAAAUGUGUGUUCCUGCUUGGUGUAGGGUAGCUGAUUCCAGAAAUGUAAGGGGAAUCAACAAACUCUCCCCAAAAGGAGGCCUUAUCCACUGAAAAUCCCUUUUGCCAAGCUAGCCAGAGAGUAGGAAGUGUGGGAUAGGAGAUCAGAUGGGUUGCGGUCUGGACUGCAGGGCAAACUGGAGGGCUUUCUUGCAUGUUUUCUCUUUGGAUCCAGAUUUUAGAAUCUGUGGGACACAGUGGUGGUCUCACACGGGUCCCUGGCCAUGGAGGAGAGCCUGUCUCAGUGAAAAGCUGGGACAUUUCAGCCCUCGAAUGUCUGUCUUACCGGUGGACAAUGCGGGGCUGGUGAUGGGACUGAUGGGGUCCUCUUAGGGGUCCUCUGCCAUUUUCUUGCCUGAGCAUCUCUUUUCCUCUUGUUUCCCCUGCUGAGGCCGAUUGGAAAGCAUUACCUACCCAUUCGUUUGAACUAGGACUGGCCUCCAGGUGGCACUUCAGCACAGCGAACGGCAGUGGCUGGCGUCACCUCUGGCCAUCGUUCCUGGGGGCUCUCUCAUUAUAUAAAAGGAUUCAUGGAAAUAGGGCUUCUCCAGCUGCACAAUAGAGGGAAGAUCUGUUCAAGCUGGGACCCUGGAGAGGUCAGGGAGCGGGGUGGGGAGGGGGGUGACAAAACCUUUAAUCCCCAAGCAAAGUAAUAUCCAUAGGUUUAGGUUCUUGCCAGGACAGAGCCCAGAGCUGCUUGGCCUGGGCAGCAAGGUUUGGGCUUGGCCUGUUGGGAUAAUGAGCCCAGAGCUUCAGGCUUGGUCCUCUCGCAUCCAGGAGGCCCCACCCAGGUUCACGGCCCCAGGCCGAGCACUUAGUAGCUUGGCCAGCUGCCUGCCCAAGGUCUGCAGAUGUGGCAGACAGCAUCUGGGUCGAAAUCCUCUCCCUCUGCCUCCCCUCACACCUCAUUCUCACCCUCUCCUAUUUACAAAGAGCUUUCCCCUGUAUGAUCUCAUUUGUGCCUCACAAAUUCCCUGGGGGGAGGAGCAGGGUGAGUGAGGCCUUCCCUUGCUCUCAGGAGCUCCGGGGAGGGCACCGUGUGUCAGAAGUAUCCCCUUCCUGGUCUGUCUCUACCAGCAAAUCCUGAGUUCCUUGGGGGCAACUAUUGAAUUCAACUUAGUGGUUUCAGGGCUUAGGGCUCCGUGCUUGGCACGGUGGAAAGGCUCAAAACAGUUUGCUGAAUGAAUAAAUAUUUACAGGUGAAAAAAACCUCAUCAAGGGACAGUAGGUGGUAGAGUCCAGUCUAGAAGUUAGGGCUUCGGGCUUCUAGGACCAGUGACAUUGCUGCAAUGGGUACCAGUUACAUCAUGUGGUUUUCCAGGCAGAAAUAGAAUUUGCUAGUACAUAAAGGGACCCAUGCAAGUCUGUCUCCAUGUGUGGCAUUUGAGAACAUGAAGAUUUUACUUCAGGUCAGGCACUUGGGGCCCCAGUCUGCUGUCAGGAACACACUAGGAGAUGUGGGUGGGUCUGGGGCAUGGCUAGCCUUUAAGAAGCCUUCCUUAAAAGUAUGGGGGGCAGGGAUGGUAGGCACCCUGUGUUCCCAUCUAUCAAAACCUUUCUGUCUCUAACUGCUAGGAAGUCUGGGGAUAAAAAGCUCAUCCAGUGAUCCACCCCACCCCACUCUGAUCCAUAAAUUAGCACUCUGUUGAUGUAAAUGUCCAUAUUUCAGGUAGUUUAGGACUCUGCAAAGAGAUGACACAGGUUUGAAUCCCAGCUCCACCACUUCUUAGCUGCUGCCUUGGGCAAGACCUUUAACCUCUUCGCGCCUCGAUUUCUCAUCUUUUAAGUGACGAUAAUAAGAG